CUACCAUGCCCCCGCCCGACAACGACGACACUCAGCUCGAGGAUGACGCUGCCUCUCAGCCCAUCUCCGUGCCCGACUCCGGAGAUGCAGGCGAGAGCGGCAAGCUCAAGAUGAUCAUCUCUCUCCUCAAGAAGUGCCUCGGUGUCAAGGACAUCGCGUCCAUGCGACUUUCGCUCCCUGCGUCUCUGCUCGAGCCCAUUCCCAACCUGGAGUAUUGGCACUACUUAGAUCGCCCUGAUUUGUUUGCUGCCAUCAAUGAUUCCGACGACCCGUUCGAGCGCAUGCUCGCUGUUCUACGCUUUACGUUCUCCAAGGAUCUCAAGUUUAUUCGCGGGAAAGUGUGCAAACCAUACAAUUCCGUUCUCGGAGAGCAUUUCCGCUCGCACUGGGACGUCCUUCCCGUGGAGUAUCCAUCAGACCCGACGGCCCCGCCCAUCCAGCACCUGUAUCUCACACCGCCGGCAGCCGAGUCGUCCUACUCUUCGCUCGCCCUAACCCCCGCUCAAGCGCCGCGUGUUUCGGUCUCUGAGACGGCGAGUCUCAGUGGGCGCAGUGUCAAGAGCGGAAAGAGCGGAGCGAGUGGGCUUAGUCUCGCGUCGCGGGCUACGUCGACUGCAGGCAAGAGCACACCGGCGACAUCGCCGAGUCUUGGUGAGAUGAACCUGGAUGCAGAUAUGUCCAACCUCAAUCUAGCAGACGAUGCGUCGGAGGUCACAGAGCUAGUCGAGGCAGAUGACUCGCCCAAUGCGAAAGGCAAACAGCGCGUGCGGAUAGCAUUCCUCACGGAGCAGGUCUCCCACCACCCACCGGUUUCCGCUUACUAUGCCAAGUGCGCCAGUAGACAUGUCGAGCUGGCGGGGAUCGACCAAAUUUCGGCAAAGGUCUCGGGUACGACGCUCAGGAUCGUCCCUGGCUCCUACAACCAGGGCUUGUUUGUAAAACUCACAGGCGGACCGGGCGCUGGCGAGACGUACCAUAUCACGCACCCCAUCGGAUCGGUGAACGGGAUGUUCAGGGGCAGCUUCUACAUCACAAUGGGCGAGGCUACAAUCAUCGAGUGCACGGGCGGGAAUGACGACGAGGAGCAGCUCCGCGCGAUCAUCGAAUACAAGGAGGAAUCGUGGAUCGGCAAGGCGCAUUUCCUUGUCGAAGGCGUGAUACACACCUACAAGCCGGGCGAGACACAACACGAGGAGUGGACGCGCGUGAAACAUGUUCCGCGUUCCCGCAUACUCGCGACGUUCGACGGGUCAUGGAAGCACAAGAUACGCUGGAAACGUGUCAAUGCACCUAGCUCAGAGUACGCGACACUCAUCGAUCUGUCGACGCUGCAUGUUAUACCCAAGUCGGUGAGGUCACUCGAGAAACAGCUUCCUGACGAAAGCAGGAAGCUGUGGGAUAACGUGACUACAAGACUACAGGCCAAGGAGUACGGAGAGGCUACUAGACACAAGUUGGCGAUAGAGCAGAGGCAAAGAGACGAGGCUGCGGAGCGGAAACGGAAGGGCAUCCAGUUCGUUCCGAAGUACUUCGAGAGCGAUUACGAAGCAGGACAGCCGACCCUUACCAAAGCUGGCCGGCUGGCAUUGGAAGAGGAAUUACAGGAGGACAUCGUAUACCCACUGGAGGACUCUUCGACACCUUCGACACCUUCGACACCAUAAGCAUUAGACGGAUACCUGCAGUCACCGACGAUCUAACGACCUAUGUACUAUAUACAUGCUUGAUCCCUUCACAUCAUCUUCCCAUCGGUACACUACAUAUCUGUUUACUUUUCCUUCUUGAAUUGAUGGACAAUCCAUGGUUUGGCAGC